AUGCUGAUGGAUGGAGUAUCUGACGUGGCCCACGCCGCUGCCGCCGCUCUCACUCCCUCCCUCAAUGCGAGCAGCAGCAACCCAUGGCUUCUCAGUCCCAGCCACCUCGCGUCUCCUCCCCGCUCCGACUCUCUCGCCCUGCUCUUCUCACCAUCUCUCUCUUUCGACGAACCCACGUCCCUCUCCUCGCCGUUCCCCCCGUCCGUCCUCGCAUCCCCGUUGCUGUCCUUGCCUCGCGCCUCCCCAUCCGGGUCGCUGCCCCUCCUCGCCAGCCCGCCGCUGCUGCUGCUCUCCGUGCUCCCGGGCCUGUGGGCCUUCUUGGUCUUGUCCAUGCUCGUCUCCCUGCUCGUCGCUGCACUCAUGGGCCACGUCGUGAGCGCAGAGGAGGGGGACCAGAGACACGGCAUCCAGCGUGGAGCGCACACCGUGGAAGGUUCUCUUGAAAAUGGUGCUGCUGCUGCCAACCCUGCAACCACCCGUCGCCACCUGUCUCUGCUGGCCGAGGCACUCAGGCUCGUCCUCACUCGCUCCCUGGGGACCGCAGCAGCGGUGGCGCUGCUGUUCCUCGUAUUGUACAUACUCUGUAUCGCACUCAACACCUGGCUGGCUGUGUACGUGUUUGCCUCGUUGGAGGUGCCCGGGCUGGUGACGGCCACUGCUGCUGUGCUCGUCACCGUGCUGCAAGUGGUGCUGCUGCACCUGCUUACCUGGUUCGUGGUGCCAGUGGCGGCUAUCACGGGCAAGGGCGUGUGGGCUUCUCUUGCGACUUCGCUGCGCCUGCUGCCCGCACACCUGCUGCCGUCGCUCGCCGUCUUCGUCUGCGCUCGCCUCCUCCUUCUGGCCCUUGGCUCCAUCGCCCGAUUUCUGCUGCGCCUGCUGGUGCGUGCUCACAGGGACGGGGGUACAGGCAUGGGUAGGGUGGCGUUAGUGCACACUCCGUCCCCAUUGGCCGCCUCGCACGCAUGGGUCGUUGCUGUCUCCUUCACGCACCUCUUCCUCUCCUCCAUUCUCUCCACCGCGCUCAUGACUCUCACUCUCUCCCUCCUCACCGCAAUGCCUGCCCUCUACGUCUACUUUGCCCUGGGAGCGAGGUUGGAUGCACGCACAGGGGUGGUGCUGGAGCCGCAGGGGCAAGAGGAAGAGGCGGAGGAAGGGGGAGUAAGAGUGCGUUGA